GCAAAUCUCUCCAACCUCUCUGAGCUCCAGGGCUCCCCAGAGGCCCCCAGGCCGGGCGGGACCCUCAACUGACUGCUGGUGAACAAGACCGUACAGGAAGGCAUCCCCAGCAUGAUGGGCGACAGGGUGCUCUCAAAGGCCAGCGCAGUGGUCAUUGACAUGGGCACAGGCACCUGUAAGAUGGGCUUCGCGGGGCAGGCCCAGCCCACUUACACCGUGGCCACCAUCGUGGGCUGCCAGCCCCAGAAGCCAACCACCACGGGGCAGCCGGUUCUGGCGACUUUCAUUGGCGAGGCCGCCCGCGCGCGCCCAGACCUGACGCUGGUGCAGCCGGUAAGGAAUGGCAUCGUGGUGGACUGGGACGCGGCAGAGCUCAUCUGGAGCCAUCUGCUGAAGCACGACCUCCGUAUCGCCCCCCAGGACCACCCGCUGCUGUUCUCCGACCAGCCCUUCAGCCCCACCACCAACCGCGAGAAGCUGGUGGAGGUGGCCUUCGAGUCAAUGCGCUCCCCGGCCAUGUACGUGGCUUCCCAGUCAGUGCUGUCCGUGUACGCGCACGGGCGGGUCAGCGGGCUGGUGGUGGACAUAGGCCACGGAGUCACCUCCACGGUGCCCGUCUUCCAGGGCUAUCACCUGCCCCACGCCACCGAGCGCCUGGACCUGGCGGGCACCCACCUGACCACUUUCCUGGCGGAAGUGCUGCUGGGCCCCGGUUUUCCGCUGCGGCGGCAGGACCUGGGCGCCGUGGAGGUCAUCAAGCACCGCUGUUGCUAUGUGGCCCCGGAUUUCCAGAAGGAACAGGCCCGGCCAGAGGGGGAGUGCGGGCAGCGCCUGAGGCUGCCCGACGGCAGGAUGGUCUCGCUGGGUAAGGAGAUCUUCCAAUGCCCAGAGCUGCUGUUCAGCCCCCCGAAGAGGCCUGGGCUGUCGCCCGUGGGCGUCCCCACCAUGGCCAAACAGAGUCUUAACAAGGUGCCUCAGGAGGUUCGGGGCGACAUGGCCCAAAACGUGCUGCUCUGCGGUGGCUCCUCGCUCUUCGUGGGAUUGGAGGGCCGCUUCCGCGCCGAGCUGCUGCGCAGUCUGCCCCUGGAAGCGCGCCUGGUGGUGGUGGCCCAGCCCACCCGGCACUUAUCAGUGUGGACUGGGGGCUCCAUCCUAGCCUCGCUGUAUGCCUUCCAGUCCUGCUGGGUCCUGAGGGAGCAGUAUGAGGAGCAGGGGCCCCAGAUUGUGUACCAAAAAUGCUACUGA